GGCCCAGUCCAAGGCCCAGAGUAACAGAGCAAUAAAUAUUCGUUCCCGUGACCGACCAAUUAUUAAUACUUGUAUACGGCCAGCCCAGGUUCAAAGCUUGCUAAAUCUUGCAUAAGACAAGAUAAUCGAUUUAAUUUUAGUUCGAGUAUAAUUUUCUUUUGGUAACUUAAUCGGUUAGACAGUUAAUCUCAGACAGUUUUUUAACUAUAAAAAUCUAGUGAUCUUUUUUCUAGUACUUAAAUACUAAACCAGUCUAUACUUACAUAAUUUUAUUACUCCUGAUUUAAUACUUACGUACUAAACCAAUCUAUACUCAGAGGCGUGCUCACCUUGUUAUGAGAAAGGCAACUACCUUAGACCAUCAUUAUCAGUGGCCUUAGGGCCAGCCCUUAAUAUAUUUUGGGUUUAAAAUAAAUCAGAAAUGAGUAAGGCCAUGCCAAACGGGCCUAAAUUAAGAUCUGAUUUUCGUGGCCCUUAAGGGCACGUGUGAGCACGGGAUUGGGAGAAGAAACCGAAGUCGAGAAGAGAUUGAAGUGUUUUGUCGGUCUGUUCUUCUCACUUUUCGAAAACGAAAUCGAGAAGCUACCAUCGAUCUCGAAAUCAUCGUUCUCCGUUUAUUCUCUCCGUUUCCAGUAACCGAUCGGCGUUCUCUGUUUCUUCUCUCUUCCAUCUCCGUUUCGUCUUGGUGUAUCUCGAUCUCUUCGAUUGGAAACCCAUGUCGAUCAAUUCCAUCUCAGUCAGUUCCAUAUAGUUAGCUUCCAUCUCGAUCUACGGCGGUUUCAGCGGCGGUUCUCUCUCACUUCAACGGCGGUUGGCUUCGGGUAUCAGCGGUGGAUCUCCAUCUCGAUCUGUUCCGGUUUCAGCGGCUGUUCGUUCGGGAUCAGCGGCGGUUGCGUUCGGCAUCAGCGGCGGUUGCGUUCGGGUUCAGCGGGGAGUCGGUUCGGCUUCUGCGGCGGUUUGGUUCGGGUUCUUCGGUGGUUCUGUUCGGGUUCUGCGACGGUUCGAUUCGGUUUCUCCAGCGGUUCACUCCGGUUCUGCGGCGGUUCUCUAUAGUCGGCUAUAUCAACAAGGUAAAGAUACAAAUGGGGCUUCACAGCUAUAGCCAGCCAUCGGAGUCAGAGGAUAUCUUUGGAAAUGAUUCCCACAGUGGCUACAGCGAGACGGAGGAUCUCAUUAGACGUGACCAAGCUGAGUUAAGCUUAUCUCGUGAACCGGUGGUGUACCCUCCACAACCUGAGGUGGAGUUCGCCUUCCCGCAGAGUUGCUACUGUGGAGGUCAGCCACACCUUGCAACCUCUACCAGCAGCAACGAUCCAGGGCGGAGAUAUUACACUUGCGCGAAUGUAGACGACGGGGACUGUCAUGUUUUUAAAUGGUGGGAUGUGGCCGUGAUGGAAGAGAUGAAAGCAAGAGAUCUCCACGUGCAUCAGCUGGCCGAAAAGGUUGAAAACCUUACUCUUUUUAGUGACUAUGAGACUGAGCAGAAGCUCCUGAGCCUAGAGAAGCUUGUUGGUGAUUUAGCUAAGGAGAAAUCAAGGUUCACUUUUGAGUACUUUGUGGCUUUACUGGUUCUGGUGGCAGUUUUACUAGGCAUGCUGGUUAUGUUUUACUAGGCAUGAUGUUUUAACUUUGUGGCUUGUAAUGUUUUAACUUAAUCGGAGAUGUGAACAAUGUUUAUGUUUAUGUAAUGUUUGAUG